GCGGAGUGCGGAGGUCGGCAUCAGUGGGCGGAACAGUCUACGCCGAGUGGUAUGAUCCUCCAGUGAAGUGUCCCUUUAUUUACCGUGCGUCCCGCCGCGUACCGAGAAAGCGUCAAAGACGCGAUUUCGGAGGACCUAGGACGGUUAAUUCGGUGGCCGGGCCGCGACUAGCAUGCCCUGUUUCGUCCAGAACGAACUUCUCCCCGGCUGAUCGAACGUCGCCCGGAAGCACACUCUGACGCUCGCGAGGGCUGCCCGCCGAACCCCGUUCCUUCGCCCCUCUCGCCCCGUUUCGCCGAGCCGGAUCUUCUCGCGAACCGAGGAGUGAACUCGGUCUCAAUUGAAAGAUUGACGAUACCCGUCGAUACCGACUCGAGCCGGCCGAAAUCGUUCCUUAGGCUGCACGCUGCAUCCCGGCCGCUGCGAAUUCGCCCGCGCGAAACGCGGCAACGCAGGACAGCUGCCCCUAGCGAUCGCCGAAGGUUUUGUAGACCGAAGGUUUCGUCGGUCCCCGUCUGGGCCUCGAAAUUGCGAGCGAAAACCAAACCGCCGUUCUGAGCGAAUGCCCCUGAACGAUUUGCUGCCGAUCGCCGUCAGUUAUCGGUCCACCUGUUUCAGAUCGAGAUUCGAGACCUGACCAAGAGAUUCGACCCUCUCGAUCGGGCGCUCGAUUAAACCUGUGAACGAAGAGGAGUGAUAUACGUGAAGACAGGUUACCUUGAUAACCGAAGAGACUCCUAGAUUGUUCGGGAGUUGAUCGCCGAUCUUUGAAUUCGAUACUCUUAAUCAGGUAUUUCUUUAAUUUUCUGAAGAACAAAGAGGAGAGUGAUUACAUAAGGACAGGUUGCCGUGAUAAUCCGGAGAGACGUUUCGAGGUAAACGCUUAGAUUCUCCGAUUGUUCCAUGCCUAAUCGCCGAUCGUGGAAUUUAAUACUUUCAAUCAGGUGCUGCAUCAGUUCCCCGAAGAACGAGUAUAGAGGAAUUUCAAUACUUUCAAUCGAGUGCUCCAUUAAUUCCGUGGAGAGGGAAUUAAAGCGAUUACGCGAGGACAAGGUGCCGUGAUCAGGCGAAGAGACGCUUGGAGGUAAACGCCGGCGAUUCGAUAAUCAAUCAUAAUUCAAUUCUUUGAAAUUCCCGGUCUCUUCGGCCCCGACUGAUUUCUGCUGGUCGUUAACGAUGGAGAAUGGAAUCCAAUGAUUGAACAGCGGGAGAUUUUGAGCACUCGAUAUCGAACAUUGUGUUCCCUUCCGACUCGACCCGGACGAGCUGUUCCCCAAAACUUUGACCGAUGAAUGGAGAGGAAGCCGCUAUCGGUAUCUCCGUGGCCGAUUCAAGAGGACUCAAGGGUUACCGAUCGAGCAAGGUGCACCGAUUAUGCACCGAGAGAGAGAGAAGACGAUAAGAUCGAGUCGUAAUCAGAGAGAUCCGGAGGUAAUACGAGGUCCACUGGGAAGGUUCGAUCAUACUAAUCGCCAUUAAUCGGCGAAACUAAAAGACAAUCGCAGAUUGCGUAAUAGGACGAAGCGUGAUAAGGGCAUUUCCGGUAACUAGGGUGCCAAGAGUGUCGAUCGAUUUAUCGAUACGCCGUUCAUUUUGUGCGGCCGUAAUUUUCAAGCGGUAUUGUAAUUUCCCCCAGUACUCGAGGAGGGUUUAAUCGGGACCGCUCGGUAGAAUAUGAGGAAAUAAAAUAAUAUAAUAAUUGUUUGAGAGUUGAACGGUGUAAAGCAGCCGCCCUUUGGACGAGCGAACUGGUUCCGAUCGAUCGUCGUCGAGGGUUCUGGGAUCGGAGGGUUUAAAUUAGCCCAUUAUAUAAACAAACCGCAGAAACAGGCGUCAAUUAGAUUUAUCGCAUUUGGCGGCAUUGAGGCGUCAAUCGUCUACGUAGCGAAAAAUCAAAGCUCAUUACUACCCGAGUGCAGAUUCCGCCGAUGCGCGGAUAACUACGAUUGAAUCAAUCUAUCGGAAACUCGUGCUCCGACAAGACAGCUCCGGAAAGAGGGUCGGAUCGAUCCAACGGAGAGAUACAGUCGAGUGGUGAAACACGAGGACCGAUUACCGAACGUCCUCCUCGAUCUGGCGAGGUGCGAUUACUUUUGACAAGGGUUAACGGUCUGAGAGCGCCAGUGCCACACUAGGUCAGAUAUCGAAGAAUAUAUUGGAUAAUGGAAGGAUAAAGAAGAAACACCUCUAAGGAGGCCUAGAAUCCAAACUGAGAAAUUAUACCAUGCGACUAUCCGAGAACAAUGCUCUGCUGAAUUGAAAGCGACGUCCAGCGGAAGUGCGACUGAUAAGGCAACUCGAUACACCUUGGGAGAGGGGAUUAAAAUUAUAGGAUAUCAGAUAUCGAAUCGGUGACGAUCGGAGUUGUCGAAGACAUCGGGUGAACAGUCGCGCGGCGAGUCGAUGCCCCGGCUGGGUCGGGUCAGCUGAUCAAUCAGCUGAUCGGUACCGACCGAAUCGGUCGAUUCGAACUAAAACCGGGAACGUGGGAUGCUCGACCUGGUGGAGGACGAUCGAAGGUGAUGGACAGGUCCAUCGAAAGUUUGGCCCGGUAAAUCCUGGGGAAGUUUUUAGGUCUCCGGAGCAGUCCCUGCAUGUCGUAGAUCAUGGCGGAGGACGCACAGGUACGCGUCAGCACGGUCCUCGAGGAGACCUUCUACAUCACCUCGAAGAAGAACACGAUAUACAGGGUGAAGCUGACCGAGAAGGGUCUCAGCUUGCAGAAGGAGAGCAACGGAUCCACCAAGACCGAGACAAUAAGCCUGGGGGACAUCGUCGGCUGCAGGUGCAUGCGCUCCAAGAGACUCGCCGGGAAGAGCAGCUGCGCCUGCCGACCUGGGGCCUCCAAGGCGCAGCUCAGGCUCGUCGAGUCCACCGAGGCCUUCCAGCCCUACGACGAGUACGAUACCUCGGCUUAUCUCUACAUUUAUGCCUACACCGUGAAGAAGAGCCGCGUAAAGGGCGGCCGACGACGAGAGAGGACCACUGUCACUCUCAGGUUCCGCAGCUUCGACAGGUACGAGGACAACCUGAGGGAGGCCAGCAGGUGGAGGCUCGCCAUCAAGUGCCUCGUGGCCAAGGUGCCCGUGCCGAAGAACCUAAUGAGCCCCAGCCACGGGAACCUCGAUGCUCUCCUCAGCGCAUGUCCAGGCGAGCAACGAAAGCUGCUCGUUUUCCUGAAUCCGAAAUCCGGCCCCGGGAGAGGCAGGGAGACCUUCCAGAAGAGAAUUCAUCCCAUCCUCUCGGAAGCUGAGAGGCCUUACGAGGUGCACAUCACGAAGCACUCGAAUUACGCCCGGGAGUUCGUGCGCGUCAAGGAUAUUUAUCAAUGGUGCGGAUUGCUGAUGGUCGGUGGUGACGGGAUUGUCUUCGAGGUGGUGAAUGGCCUCUUCGAGCGGCCGGAUUGGCAAAAAGCCAUGAAGGAGUUGCCCCUCGGCGUAAUUCCUUGCGGAUCCGGGAAUGGACUUGCCAAGUCGAUCGCAUACGCCCAACAGGAACCGUACGACCAUAAUCCGAUGUUGGUGAGCGCCCUUGCGGUGGUCAAGUCGAAGAGGACGGUGAUGGACCUGGUUCGCGUGGAGACCAGGAAACAAAUCGUCUUCUCUUUUUUGUCCAUCGGUUGGGGUCUUUUGGCGGACAUAGAUAUCGAGAGCGAAAGCCUUCGUGCCAUAGGGGGCCAAAGAUUUACGGUUUGGAGCGUUGCUAGGCUCAUCGGGCUUCGUACCUACAAGGGGAAGGUGUCCUACCUGCCCUGCGAGAAGUUGCCGUCCACCGAUGUUAAGAGCAACGGCACCAUUUAUCGGAAAGACAACAAGGACGAUGCGAGGAUAUCGCACUCGAGGAGCUACGGCGACCAACUGGAUAGGUACAGCGGUGCAUGCGAGCUGAAGAGCUAUCACAACACCUUGGACAGGGAAACCAACGGGUCUUACGACGAGUUUCACGAUUUCGAUAACGACGACGAGGUCAUCACGGACAGUCUCGCCUUGGAGACGGAAACUCAGAGCAGACACAGGCUCGACAGCUUUUACUCGGCCACUUCGAAAAAAUCGGCGUACUACAGUACUGCCUCGAUUUCCAGCUAUCACAGUAUAGAGGACUCCGAGGGUAUAAGGCAAGGUACUGAUGGUCAGAACUCCAAUCGAGUCGUGUAUGGGCCUUCGUCUACUUUGCCUGCUCUCACUGCCCAACUUCCAAAUACAUGGACUCAGGUUCAAGGGGAAUUUGUAAUGGUGCACGCUGCUUAUCAGUCUCAUCUGGGGCAAGAUUGUUUCUUCGCUCCUCGUGCUAAACUUGCCGAUGGAAUAAUCUGGCUACUGAUCAUCAGGGCAGGUAUCACCAGGGCCAGUCUCCUUCAGUUUUUGCUGGGACUGAGUACAGGGACCCAUCUGACCUGUCCAGGAGUCGAGAUGAUUCCCGUAAAGGCGUUUCGAAUUGAACCCAUGGAAGGUACAGUGGGUCACUUAACAGUGGACGGGGAACAAGUUGACUACGGCCCGAUCCAAGCAGAAGUGUUCUCAUCUCUAGCAACAGUUAUGAGUCCUUGAUAAAUUCCUUCAAGGAUUUUCCUAAUAGAGAAGAUUAAUCAAAAUAAAACAGCGAUGUGGUUGGUACGAACACGUCGCUGAGUUAAUCAGUCUGUUAUUGGACACGAUUUCGUAAAAUCGUGUCGCGUUUCCGUGAACUGUUAGACGCUCAUUGGUUUUUGAUCAGUGAAUCUGCUAGACUGCGAUAGAUAAUGUUGACGCGUUGUUACAUAGUAAAUCAAUUAAGAGCUUUCUACAGAUUCCAUGAAGGGUAGAUGGAAUGACUAGUUGUAGCGUAGAAACCAUUUGACGUUUCAAUUAAAGCUCCUCGAGGUGGUUCUAAGCGUGGCUUUCAAUUGCAAGUUGCAAUUGAAAUCGUAAUGAAUUUGAAGGGCGGUUAUAGGUCGAAGAGAAACUAUUAAUCCAUGCUAAGGACAAUUAGAAAUCUAUAUUAGAUGGGAUGUAUACAAAUUGUUAUAUUGUUAUUCAACAAACUUUGUGGAACUUCCAAUCACUAUAUCAAAACGCAUUCCAUGGAAACACGGUUUAAUGGAUAGACGUGAUAGUUUUUCUGGACUUAAAACACGUUAUCGGGCAGUUUAAAAAACGCUGUCGAAACUGUAUCAUAGCAGGAAGAGGAAUCUAAUUAUGAAUGUUAAAAUAUUCUCAUUCUUUAUUCUCGGUUUUUCAUUCGAGCAUCAUUUCAAUAUUUAUAGAAUAAUCCCGUUUGAACGAAAGAACUUUAUUAAUGUUUAUAUUUGGCAACUCGUAUUGGAAGAAAAGAAAACAUACAAAGUUCUACUUUAAGCUGCGAGUGCUGAAUAUAUUGUUCAGUCGUGACAAUUUACUUAAGAAGUCUAUUCUGACAAUCACCAUUUAUAUCUACCCGUCGUUGUUUGUAAAAUUUCAAUGUUUACUUCAAUCAGUACUACUUAUUGUAGUCGUUUCUGGGAAGCCCAUUGACCGUAACAAAGUUAUACUAUCAAACUGGGUAAAUAUUCAUCCGAGCAAUAUACUGAAUAAUGUUUUAAUUUACUUUAGAUGUGCGAGCUCUAAUGCUUCUCGGUUCAGGCUGUAAAGCGUCUAAAUUAAACGUAGAAUGACAGCGAUUCUAGAAAUGUAUUGCACAUCUGUUAUUAACGGAUAACCUUCACUAUCUGAUUGUAUGCUGCACAUCAUACAAGUUCGCAAUUUGUAUGUCCACUUUUAGCAAUGUUCUUCUCACAUCUGGGUCUUCUAUUCUAUGAACUUGCAUCUGUACAUAGAUCCGUCGUCAGGCAUGGUGUGAUGUUCUAUAAGGAUUUUUAUAGUUAUUCGAGAAUACCUGCCGUCGUGAGUCAGAUAUUGUUAAAUAGCUCACUUUCGAUCUUUUUUAAGCUACUUAUAUACCUCGAUUGAAAUAUUUUGUUACUAUAUAAGACAAAAAUGGGAGUAAGUCUUGAAUAAAUAGCACAAAGGGGUAACAGGCUUCGUUUAAAUUUAAAAUUCAGGACUCUUCUUAUAGGUGUUUUUGUUCAAGAAAUUCCGACGGUUUUUAUUUACUUUAGUAACUUCUUUAAUCAAUCACCGAAAUGCAUGGAAACGUACAGUUUUCUGAAGCCUGUUCUAAUUCCCUACGUCAAUUGUUCUUGGUACGCUUUAUCAAGGCUUACCUCCUGCGCCAAUUUCGUAAACAAAAAAAAAACAUUUUAUAUUGCAAAGUUUUCGUUUGUUUUCCAAGACAAUUUUUCUAUGAAAUGGUUUAUUUGUAGUCUACGGUGUAAUUUUAGAAACUUGGUGCCAAGAUGAACCAGGUGAUAUUUGUACUAUAUAUUUAGAUGUUUCAGGAGCUUCUUAGGAAACGAGUUGCUACUACGUAUUGUUAGUCAUUUUUGCUUUAAUGGCAGAAAUUGUACAUGAAAAUGCAAUUUUUCACGGUCGAGUUCAGCAAUGGGGAAUUACUCGAUGAAACUGACUCCUGUAUGACCGUAACACCACUGAAGGUGGACAAUGUUAAAAUGCACCUGUUCUUGGAUGAACAGGUACGCAGGGCUGAAAAGAGACAAGAGAAACAUCGUUGAUGUUAUAAGAUAUAAGCAUUGCAAAUGAGCAUUAUGCUUUUUUGUUUUCUUUUCGUUCUUAUAGUGUCUCACACCGCCUUAUAUGUAUGUACAUUUAGUCGAAUAAUUCCAAGUCAUCCUAUAUAGUUAUUAAUUAUGAGAUAAAUUUUAUAUUUCUCAUGCGUUACUAUGAAUUUUGCCCACUACAGAUAAAGUAUAGAGUAACUUGAAAAUUUCUAGUUGGGGAAAUUAUAAAAUGACUAAUCAAUGGACUGCGAAAAUACAUCAUCGAACAGCAUUAUAUUCGUGCUUCAGUUUCCACUGUAAGCCGAAAGCUGUGGUUCGAACAUAUUUUAAGUAUGUUCAAUUUAUUUUUAAGAAUCUAUUUCCUAAAAGAUAGGUUCCAACAUUUGUGCACUUGUUAUUGGAAAUUUAAAAUGCAUUAUUGAAAAUAAAGGUAACCCCGAUAAACAGG